UCUGGGCAAAAAAUCUUCCUACGCCACUGCUCUGCUGCUGUCUGCUACCACCUUGCUAUCAAAAGUGUCAAUUACCUGAAGUGUAAUAAUAUAGCUCUUAAAUCAGCAUGUAGGCAGCUAGACUAACAACAGCCUGUCUCACUUGAGCACCUCGACUUCAGAGCUUAGCACUAUCGCUAUUUAAUAACAACUGUUAAUUAGUGAUAGGACCCAGACCAGAUACAUUUAUUACGUCAAAAUUCAAAUUGCGCUCUAUGUAUAUAGCCUUAUUCUAAUGGUCAUUUCGUAGGGUAAGCAAUUAUAGUAAAUACCAAUGCAGUGAUACUUUCAAUUGCUUACAGCUGUUUAUUGGUGACAGCAUCCCAGGCCAUGCAUAUGUCAAUUUUCUCUCUUACAAUGUCAUGUAUCUUCACGUUCUAACAGUUUUUCGUAAGGCAAGCAAUUUUAGCAGAUGGUUUGAGCACCAAUGAUAUAAUUAUAAUGCAGGGCCUGCAGAAUUCAUGCAUUUAUAUGUUCUGUAGUUGGAGACACUGGAGUGUGACAGGAGCUACGUGUCCACCCUGGCCCACACUUGUGACCAGCUUACAGAGGAGUUACAAACUACCAGAGCCCAGUAUGAGAGCCUGGCCCUUGGAAAGCCGUUACAUGCAACUAAAUGAAGAGUUUGUGUGUCAGUGCAAAGAGCUGGAGGACUCACAGGAAAUAAUGAAGCAGCUGGAGGCCGAUCGACAGAGAACGACCUCAAUGUUGCCAACAUCUACCAUAUGUCCCUGCAUGACGAGUUAUCUCACUCCAUGAAUAGUCUGGACAUGAUACUUCACCACGGCAAUCAAAACAAACUUCACCACAACCUACAGAGGACAUCUCUGCUGAUCUAGUGCAUGGUGAGUGCAUGCAUGGCCAAUUGUGUUGGUGUGAGAUUCUUAAUUGAUGUGAACUUUCUACUGUUCACCGACUAGCACAUUGCGUCGUGCGUCAAUGCGGUCGUUGCAAUCGGGUCUGAGCACUCUUCGCAGAGUGGAUCACCAGGAACUCAUGGCCGCUUGGUCCACCAGUUCAGACGAUGACAGGGACUCCCCCUGUCCAAGGUGUAAGAACAUGCAGGAGAUGGUGACCAACUAUCAACAGGAAUUGAGCCUCGUCAACAAGCAGCUGUUGUCAGCGGUCGAGCAGAAAAUUAAACUGCAGGAACAAAAUGAAGCUUGGCAGAGUGACAUGGCUGAAAUAGUACAUCAGAACCUCUACCAGAGACUGGAGCAAGACUCCCCAGCUAGGAAGGAGAAACUGAGCAAAUCUCCAAAGAGAAAGAUGUUCACUUCGAAUAAAGAUGACGCAGAAAAGAUAUUCAAACAUGAAUUCAUAAAACAUUCAUGGCUCUUUUGAAACUUAGCUUUUGCUACAUUUCGUGUUUUUGACUCUGUUUUAUACUCAUCCUUCUGCUAACACAAGUGCAAAGCCCUGC